AAAAGAUCCGGGAUGCACUGCAGAGCAUUUUGAUGAUACAACAACAGCCCUUUAUCACUUUGCAAGGUUAAUUGAAAUGGUAGCAAAAUCAGAAAAUGAUGGUGCUAAAGAGCAUUUACUUCAAGCUCUUUUUCCAU